AUGCAUGGCACGACAGGCUGCCCUCUUCACCGCUCUACUAUCUCGGUUAGACAUCAACCUCCUGCUGAUGGCUAUUUCGGAGUUUCAGAGCGCCGUAAGCGUGCAUGCUUCAAUCAUAUCACGGACUUGAACCUCCGACCGUGCCAAUACCACGCCGAGCUCUUCACCACUACGCUAGUGGACCUUAGUUAUGUUUCCUCUUCUAUGGCUUUGGAGCGUAUCCAUGAUUGUAUCGUAGGAGAACCAGAAUCAAGCAAGGACAUUCUUACUUGGAAAGGCACAGGGCAAGUUUGGCCUUGGAUUUCUGGAGUUUCGACUUGCGGAAUGGACAACUGCGAUAUGCCAACAAUUCAACUACAAAAACGACGCCCUCAUCGAAGGGAGGCGUUCAUUUCGCUUGUCGUUCUUCAGGAGCUGAAAAGGAUUGUUGAAGACUCGGAAAUCAUGCAGGACGAUGACGCAAAGAGGCCGGAGCCCGGAUAA